AUGAAGUGCCUGAAAGCUUUGCAAAAAAGAGUUGAAAUUCAAAGACGAACGGCUGUAUUUAAUGUAACUGCAACAAAGUUUUACAAAACUUCGGUAAGUGUAAAACGUAGAUGCCGUUUUAAACAAAAUAAACACGCGUUUUGACGGAAUUAUAUGCUUGUACAAACAUGUAACUUCUUAUAUCUUAUGGCUUUGCAAAGCAUCAAUAGGACUGAUAAGCCCCCGUACUACCCAUACAGAGACAUGUAUAGUGACUGUCUCAUUCGUAUGGUCAAAAAUAUUUCGACGUUUUCCCUUGAAUCCUUGACUCUGGAGUGUUGACAAAUCUCGUUUUCUGAGAUCCUUUUCUUGUCAGCCGUGCACACAUUGAUAUAACUGGCUUUUACAUGUUAGGAAGACUUGACAAGGAUAUAAAUUGCUCGUUUGUAUGAGAUUUUACUUUAUUUAUCAGUUAACGAGACGAUUUUGGAUGUCAUGGCUGAGAAGCUGUGAGAAAAGGGAUGAUCUCCGUCAGAUUAGUUUGAUCAAUUUCGUUCGAAAUCACCACAGGUAGGAAGAACAAAGUUAGACUAUUUUAUUAAGAGUUUCUGAUCGUCAAAAUGAUAAUGAUUGGCAUAACAAUGAUCAAAUUUUCAUAUUUUUUUCAAUACAAUAUAGAAAGUGUUUGUUAAGAAAAAUGCUAAAAUACUGGAAGUAUUAUUGUGAACAGAAAAGAUUAAAACAAACUCAGAAAUUGAAGGCGGAUGUAACUGCAAGAAGAAACAUGUUACCCAGGUAAUCUGAAUGUCACUUUUUCUUCUCAAUAUUUUAACUUCGAUUGUUAAGCAUGGUUGGUGGUAAUGCAUAGUGUUGAUUUUGGGGCUGAUGUUGCAAACAUGUCGUAUUUGGUGAUUCUGAUGGGGGUGUAAUGGUUUGAUAGUGGUGUGGUGUUGGUGAUUAUAGAUGGUGAUGAAAGAGAUUGUGUGGUGAUAUAUAUUUUGAUUGGUUGUAUUGGUAGUGGUAAUUUUGAUGGUGAUAGUGAAAGUGGUGUUGGUGAUUGCUAUGGUGGUAUUAGAGAGUUUGAGCAAGACAACGAAGUACGAAGACGAAGGCAUACUUGACAAUUUUUGCCGUCUGUACAUUAUCUUGCCCAUACUGAGUUGGACGUCACUGGUGGUCGCACAACGUGUCUUCCCAUGUGUCGCUGUUUAUGAAUACUGACCAUAAUUCUUGCCCUGAUCCAGAAAAAAACAGCGAGACAUGAAACUAUAUCCCGUCUUUGUCCUUCUGCCUUCGUGCAGAACGAAGUUCACAACGAAUUUUGCCAAAAUAUUCGUUGUGAACGAAGGCAGAAGACGAAGACGGGAUAUGGACUCAUGUCUCGCUGUUUUAACCUGAUCAGGGUAAAGAUUUGGGUCAUCAUUCACAAACAGCUAGACAUGAAUUUCCAAUCUGUCUUCACCCCUGACCCUAAACUCAGAAUGCGCAAGAUAAUGUGCAAGACAGGCAAAAAUUGUCAACCACGUCGUCGUCGUCCGACUUCGUUGUCUUGCUCAAACUCUCUAUUGGCACUAAUUGUGGUGAUCGCAGUGAUGAUAAUAUCAUUGGUACUUGUAUUGGUGGUGGUAGUUUUGUGAUGGUGGCAAUAGUGUUAUGGUGUGAUAGUGGAAUGGUGUUGGACAGUUGGUGAUACUGAUGGCAGAUAGUCAUUGUAAUGUAGUGAUGGUGGUAAUAUUGAUCGUCAUAGUGAUGACAUUGUAGAAAUGGUGGUUUUUGUUGGUGGUGACUAUGGUGGUUGUUAUGGUUUUUUGCUUAUGGAUGAAACGUCGUACUGUUUCCACUUUAUCAACAGGUUUUUCUCUCAGUGGGAGGAAUUUGUUGAUCUUGUAAAAACACGACGCAUAAAUCAAGAAAGAGCGGAAGAAUUUCGGAGGUAUUAUAAUUACGCCUAUCAGAAGUGAUGAAUAUUUCUAUGAUAUGUUGGAGUUUUCUACAUUACAUUUAUUUCCACAUUAUGUGUUCUUAUUAAUACAGAGAGUGUCUGUUGGCCAAGACGUUUUACCGCUGGUUACAAGAAUAUCGUCUCACAUUGAAUGUACAGAUGCUCUAUCGAAUGGUAUUACCAUCAACUCAUUAAUGUUUAACAUUGACAUUUCGGAAAUGCAGCCAUUUCGAAGGAAGGGGCUUCGCUUGAAAUAUCGAAAUAUUUUGAAUCGUUUCCAGGUAUUUCUGAUCUAAAUGACCACAGUUUGUUGUAAAAAACUAUGGUACCAACACUGUUCCCAAACGUUUGAAAUGCCAUAAUGAUUUAGCGGUGCUUUGUUUUGUGACAUUUGUUUUAUUCCAGGCGAUCAUUUCAUAUGAUGAAAAAUUGAAGAAAGAAUUUUUCCAAGUUUGGCUUGCAAGAGCAAGACAGAGGAUCAGAGAAAACCGAUUACUGGUUUGUUCCCUGUACUACAUGGAAAAAAAAUUGAAAAUCCAUAAAAAGUCAUAGAAUGGAAGUUGUAUAGAAAUUGUAUGGACCUUCGUUGAAAAUAGAUUGUGCUUUGAUUAUCCAUAAUAAUUGUAUAUUUCCAUACUAUGGAUAUAAUAUCGAAAUAGUAUGGAUAUACUAUGGAUUUAGUGGUGCAAUUGCCAAUGGACCUUUCCCCUUAUAACUAAAAUUUCGAUCUAGACAAAAAUUUCAUCACAGCUUGAAAGAGCAUCACAAAAUUAGUAAUAUUCCAAAGUUUUGUUGCAAAAUCUUGUAAAAUGCGGAUAAUAUAGGCUAUAUUAUCCGCAUUUUACAACAUUUCGCAACGAAACUUUGGAAUAUUACUAAUUUUGUGAUGCUCUUUCAAGCUGUGAUGAAAUAUUUGUCUAGACUUGCCUAGAUCAAAAUUUUGGUUAUAAGGGGAAAUGUCUAUUUUGUAGUAUGGAUUUCACAUAUUUUUCCCAGUGUACAUUGUAAUACCCCGGUGAAACGAGGACGAGAGUUGGCAAUCCUACAUUGUUAUAUACUGCCAGGGAGAUUUCAAGCUCUAGAUUAACCAAAUAAAGGUUUGACGAGUGUCCCAACUAACUUUUAAUUUAAAUACAUCUAGCCUUCUCUGCAGCUAUCUCAUGGGUCACCUCACCCACCUCGGUUGUUGUGGCUGUGUUUAGAAAGUAAAUGCCUGCCCAUCGAAGGUGAUGCCUUCGGAGGAGGCUGGGUUUAAUCCUAGAAUCGCGUAUAUUGUAUGUCGUGAAUGUUUUUAUAAUCUAUACCUAACCCAGGCAAGAGGUGGGGUUCAUUAUCAACUGCAGUUAAAGAAGAAAUGUUUUGAAACAUGGAGGGAGUACAUAAAACAUCUGAACUACGGGUAAUGUUACUUUUAAUUACGAGACAAGUAGGAAGUUCAUUAGGAGGGAUGUUUAUACAUUGUUAUAAAAAUUCUCUGUUUAGUUCCGUUCGACUGCAUAUGGCAGUACAACAUCAGAACAGGAAGUUAUUGUCGAUAUGUUGGAAAUAUUGGACAAAGGUAUAAAUUAGUAUUCUCAAACUCAUUACUACACAGCUAUACGGCUUGUGGAAGAGGUAGUUACUACAGUAAAUACUAAUUUUCGAACACGAGUGAAAUCAGUAGCGUACCAUUGUUUUGAUUUCAUGAUAAACAACAUCCAUAAAUUCAAAUUUUACGUUAAAUUUCUCUUCAAAUACUGCUUUGUUUGAAAAGUUAAUAAAAUUCACUCAUAGUCGCUUAUUAUAAUCACUUUAAAACUGUCUUCUUCAAGUAAUUUUUAACGCACGUACUUUUUAUAGUGUUUGAAAGCACUAUAAUAUGUAAGUGUAGUAUAUUACUUCAAACCUCAUUGUGGAUAUUGCAAAACUUUGGUUUUAGUUUGUAGUUACGAAGAGAGAGAAAUGGAGAUUGGUCAUUAGGGCUGAUUUGCAUUACCGUCAGGGAAUGUUGAGGAAACUUAUUGGAAAUUGGAAGGUUUGUAGUCAAAUGUUAUCUGACCUUAGCUAUUAAGACAACACGAACUAAAUCUAGUGUACAAUACUCGCUUGGCAAUUUGCUACUUUGCAUACAUUUCAGUUGAAUGAGUCCUGAUCUCGUUCUAUACACCAUUGAAUUAAGACACCAUUGAAGCCAUCCAAAGGCUAUUGACAAUGCAGUUUUGUUGGGUUAAUUUUUGGUUUUGGAUUAUUUAUAGUUAUAUUGUAAUAAUAUGAGAGAGAUAAAGUCCUUUACUGAAGAAAAGAAGACACGUUAUGAUAAAAAGACUUUAAGGUGAAAAAGAUUGAGUAUAAAGUAUAUGUUUGUAUUCUGGUACAAAUUGUGGGUUUUCGAAAAAAGACUUGAGCACUCUCAGCACUGUAACUAAGACGUUUAUAUUUUUCAGGUUUCUAUUUGAUUGUUGGAGGGAAAACGCUCAAUAUUUAAAAACAACCAGACAAAAUUAUCAUACUUCGUCUCAACAUUGGGAAAAUAAAACUAUGAAAAAAGUAAGUCAUCUGAAAAAAAUACUUUUUAACAAAUAAGACAAUUAGUUGUUCACGGUUUUUCCAGUGUCUCUAUAUAUCUUCUUCUUUGCCUUAGUGCCUGAUGGAGACCUUUGUCACUCUGUUCUAUGCAUCUUCUUCGCUUAGGGUUAAUACCUUCAUGCAGGAUUCACAACUUUUCUCCCUUCUUUCCCUUUCUAUCAGAUGUGUCCAUGAUAAAUUUCUCCCCCUCUUAAUCGUUCUCCUCCCUGCAUCAACCUCAUCAUUCGCAUUUCUUAUGUUUCGACCAGGUUUUCUUCGUUUGGCGAGUUUAUACUGAAGAUCGUUCGUGGAGGAAACAGCAAGAGUUGUUUAGUGUCGUUGAAGCCAGGAAACGACUCAACCAAGGUACAGAAAACUCACUGAUUUCUGUAUAUGAUAUUCUACGAAGGAAUGGUGUUCACACUUGCGACCAAAAAUAUCAACCGUACUACACAUUCCAGUUUAACAUCAGUGUCGUUCUUGUAGGUAAACUUCAUCGUACAUUGCAUUUAUGGAAGAAAGAAUAUCUGUUGAAAAUUUCCUCCAAGGAGAAGUGGACAAAAGCCACCGAGCAUUGGAAAAGAUGUGUUUUGAAAAACGCUUUUGGUGUCUUCAAGAAGUACAGAUUUCUUGGUUAUCGGAAACAGGUCGAAUAAAAUAAACUUGACUACAUCGAACUUUAUUUUUGUUUCCCUUGGUUUUGCAUAUGUGCUAAGAUUUUUUGUACAUUGUAUUUUUAUAUGGUGCAGGUACUACGUCAACAAUGUAUGUUGUAUCAUAAUGAAAGAAUUAUUGCUUCACAUUGGGGAAUAUGGCGUUCUAGAGUAAGUAUCUGAGUGUGGUCGUUAAAAUUUUGUCACCUAAAAGACUUUCUCCUGUCACAACACUGGACCUAUUAAGUAAGGCACUCAACAGAGAAUAGUCUGGAAUUGAUACAGCUAUCCAGUAAUGAUAAAAAGCGAGUUUAGUUCAAUUUAGUUAAGUUUAGUAUCUCUCUUCUUAUAAAUAUGAAACCUGUUCCACUGUAUCCUAUAGUCACGAUAUAGCUUGCAAUUAACGUUCUUUACGAUUUUAGUACGCUGAACGUGUCACUUUUUUGAAGAAAUCACACAUGGCUCUUUGGAUGUGGAGUUUCACUUUACAGCGAAAGGUAUACCCCCUCGUGUAAUAUUUAAAUGUGGUAUUUUCUACAAAAGCAAGAGAACUAAAUGCCGUACAAUCUUUGUUCAAGGCUUUUGUAUCUUGGUUUCACUAUGCUGAGGAGAAAAAGAAGAAGAAAGUUGCCAUUACUAAAGCUUUAGAGAGAAGACAACAGUGGCUACAUAAAGUGACUGUCGUGCAGUGGAUUAAGGUGAGGUGAUCAGAUUGAAAGAAAAAACAAAAAGUCGAAAAGCUUGUACGGUGCACCUGCACAAUUAUACACGUCCUUUCUGAUGAUAUGUGCACAUUGACAGCCUGUUUGCUCUCAGUCAAAAGGUUACACGGUGCACCAAACCAAGAAUACAAACUAUAAAUACUCUUUUUCUGUCCCGUUCUAGUUUGCAACGUAUUUCAUUGCUGAGCGAGAAAGAUUUGCUGCCACAAGGCAUAUUCAGGUUGGUUAAUACCGUAGUGUUCCGACAGUAAUAUUAUUUUUGUGAAAUUUCCCGAGUAGUUGUAACCCGUUUUGGAGCAGAUUUAACUCCCCCAAAUAAGGGAGUAAUUUUAAUCCCUAAGUUGGAGUUAAUGAUCGAAUUACUAAUUUCCCGUUUACCAUUUUUUUGCAUAAUUUUUGUAGCUUUCCCAAAAUGUGCAACAAAGUGUUCAGAGAUGUGCUGUACACUGGAGACGAAAGACAGUAAGGAAUCGGGGUAAAAGACGUCAAGUUGCAAGCCAACCAUUAUCGGUUAAUACCCACAUGGCCUCGCAUAAAGCCAUCUCCACAGAAAACAAGGGGUUAGCUUUCGACAUUUUACGCAACGUGAUUUGGUUAUUAUGAUGUAUUAUUGUUAUUCAUGUGCUGUAUAGUUUGUCAAAAGCUUAAGAACUUUUCCAUUCUUUGAUUUCUAGAAAUACUGCAAAGACGCUUCCACUGAACAUUGUACAAAAUGUAUCAUCCGUCAGAAGACCUCGACCAAGGGUACCAGAUUAUUUACGAGAAAGUUUUAAUCUCUCGGAAUUAUCUGAACACAUCACAUGUUCAGCUGCCGAUAAUGAAGCAGUUCCAAGACAUUUGCCUCCGAACUUUGAACCCAUCACUCAACCUAAACAUUUGCCUGAACCAACUGUUUAUACGAGCUCAAUAACCAGUCGUACAAGUUCUAAUACCAGUCAGACAGGUCUUAGAGAGACGAUGCCUUUAGAAAGUAGCUCUCGGAAUCCUCAGACGUUUUCUAAAAAAGUUGCUUCCGGCAAGAAACAUGUAUUGCUGCCGCCAUCUUCUUUUGUGCGAACCAAGAAACCUGUGAACAAUGCACAAGAAAAUAAUUUUUCUCGAGGUAUGUUUUUCUGUAAAAUGCCACCUGGGGACAAUUACCAUAUUUUUAACAACCGCUAUUUAAAUACCAAUCUAAACCCUAAUCCUUACCUUAAUCCUAAAUCUGAACCUAAUUCUAAUAUUUGAGACAUUUCAGGAUAUUAAUAAGAAAGUCGCGCUCUGUCUAGGGAAAGGCUACGCACUAUCUGUCUCUCUGUAAACCGUUUUGUUUCGGUAACUCUGAUACGAUUGGUUAAAUACUGUCACGUGAUAAUUUAAAAUAGAUUUUUCUGGAAACGUCAGACUUCAUUAAUUUCUUAACUACGUGCUAUUUUUUCCGUAUUUUUAGAAGGUGAGAAAGCAAAUAAAAAACAGGCAAGCAAGAAACUGGACGGCCCUUCUCCUCAAGAAAUCCAAUAUGGUUCUGACAAAGUUAACACUGGUUCCUGUAAUGAUAAUCCGGUUUCAGACGCUAUCCCGAGCUUUCUUUCUGAUAAGAACAGUCAACAGUCAAUUGUUCAGCUUCGUAAUCGGAUGUUAAAGUACUAUACAAUCAGUACACAGUUGAGGUAACUAUGUUAUUAGACAGGAUUCUUUGUCGACCUCAAAAAUCUUGCAAAACAACGACAUUUUUAACAAACGGUUUUCGAUAUUUUCUUUUUCAUCUCGUAGGGAAUUGCGGCGUAAACUAACGUGUUUACGUCAGUGGUCACGUGACUCGAGGGAGAACGAUGAAACGUCAAGUGCAGAAGAAAGGUCGCUCGUGAAAGAGAUUGUUAAUGAGGUAGGUAAUUUUCAAAUCAUGCUACUCGUCUCCUCAUUACCAUUUUUAUUAACCUGAAUCUGCUGCCCGAUUUUCCUUUUUCGCGUAAGGCGGGAUAAAUAUAAGCCUGAUUAGCCUCCUCUAGGGAAUCGGGUUGAUCGGGAAAAACUACGAUGAAUCGGGUAUUUUUCCUAUAUUCGCAGGCUAAAACCAUAGAGAUGCCUGCGGAGGAGCCUUUUGUAAUUUUUGUAAUUUAUAUGAUUUUAUUUAGCUGUCAGAGAACGUAGAAAGUACAAGUCAUAAUUUGGAGGAAAGUUACAAGACAAUUGCGAACGAUCUGCAGCAACUACUGGACAAAGUGUCGUGA